AUGUAUGCGAGCUCUUUGCUGUUAAUUCUCGUGGUUCAGAGACUUGCUCGGAGCUGUCCAGCAUUUUGUAACUGCAGGAAGAAGACAGCCGAUUGUAGCCAGAGUGGGCUGGUCGUGGCCCCCACUGGCUUCCCUCUAGACGUUUCCAACCUCAGUAUGGCUCACAAUAAACUCCUGUCCCUGCCUUUGGAUUACUUUUCCUGUUACUCUGAACUGCUGGUGUUAGACCUCCACAACAACUCUCUGAGUGAGCUGCCCGACCGGCUCUUUGUCCCCCUGAGGAAGCUGAUGCACUUGGACCUGAGUUACAACAACCUCAGCCGGGUGACUCGCGAACUGCUGGAGCCCACCCAGAACCUGGCCACCCUCACCCUCAGCCACAACCCCGGGCUCUCCAUCAUUGGGUUCGCACCCCUGGCUCGCCUUCAGUACCUGGACCUCAGCCACAACGGGCUCACCUCCAUCAGCCAACAGCUGCUGGACAGCCUCCCAUCCACGGUGUCACUCCGCCUGGCCGGCAACCCCUGGUUCUGCGGCUGCACCCUGGAACCUCUGCUGAAGUGGCUCCUGAAACAUGUCCACCAGUGUAACUCCGAUUCCAGGGAAGUCAUCUGCGCCGCCCCGGGGCAGGUCAAAGGCACUCCUCUUUUCACCCUGACUGAAGAGAGCUUCAAGGCCUGUCGAUUCUCGCUGAGUCUGGACGACUACCUUUUCAUCGCCUUUGUGGGCUUCGCUGUAUCAAUUGCAUCGGUUGCCAUGAACUUCCUGCUGGGAAUAACGGCUAACUGUUGCCACCGCUGGAGCAAGGCCAGCGAAGAGGAAGAGAUGUAACCUGGGCCAGGAAGUCCGCCUGUGAUUACAACUUCUAGAACGGAAAAAGGGAUUUUGACUCCUCCUAGUUGGCUCGCCAUCGCCCCUUCACCUACACCGCCCACCUUUUAACUUUGCCUGCAGGAGGCAUGAGCAUGAGCAGGAGGAACGGGGAGGUGAUAUUUCAACCACAAAGCCACAGAAAAGCCGAUGCGAGGCUUCGCAAGGUGCCAACCUUCCCUUUCAGAAACUUUGGGAGUGAUUCUGGGUGGUGAGGAUUCCGAGGAAGAUUUGUCAAGAGCUGUCGAUUUGAAGAAACCAUGUCUGUUUGGAUUUGGGGGUCACUUACAUUGCAAAAACAGUUUCCACCACUCUGGAGGAGGGAGUGAAUAUCCGAUCUCAAAUUUCAGUGCGAAACUGGAAACCCAGCUAUUCUCAACUUCCCCUGUUAAUGGCAACUGGUGGGACCACCUUUGUAAGAAAGAUUGACGAGUGGGGAAUGGCAGCGACUAAAGUCUGCUCUAACUGGGACUCCGAUCUGCAAACUGCGUGGACCUGACAGCUUUUCAAAAAGGGGUGAAGAAGAUGAGGCUGAAGAUUCUGCCAUCGUCCUUUUCCUCCGUGUACCACCUAAGAAGAGGUUCUCCAGACGUAUUUAAUGUCAGUGAGCAGGAAGACAGUCUGCCAUCGACGUAAAUGGUUCUCGGUUGCACAGGAAUGCAGAGGCCUUUCAUUUGAGCAUGUGGGAUUUCUGAACUUUAUUGCAUGCAGCAGGGGGACUGGCAGGUGUUUUUGCUCCACAGAGCCUACUCCUUACCCUGAUCACAAAACAGGGCAGUUUAAUAAUGUUUAAGGGGUGUUUUCUGCAGGUAUGUGACUCCUGUGUACAUUGUGAGCUACCAUUGUUAGGUGUAAGAUGACUGAAUCUGAACUGUCCAACUCAUUGGUGCCGAUUGGUAGAGAAAAACUACAUAAUCAUCUAAUUAUUCUUGACGGGUGAGACCUUAUUAAAAACAAGGCAUUGUUAAAACAGCAUAGGGAUACAAUUUUAGUCUGGUUUUUAAAUAUUAUGUAUAUAUAUAGAAGCUUUGUACCUCUGAGACUAUUGGAAACAAUUGGCUGAUAUAGAGUAUCCCUAGUGUAUUCCUAAUCCCUAGAUUACUGGCAGGAACAAUAAAAUGUGUGUGUGUGUGCGCGCAUGUGUGUGUGUGUGUGUGUGUGUGUGUGUGUGUGUGAGAGAGAGAGAGAGAGAGAGAGAGCACAGUUAACUCUAAAUAAUCUAUCACCUCUGGAAUGUGGUGGUGACGGGCUAUCAGAUUUUCUAGGGUAUUGGAUAUUAUUCCUGUUAACAUUUCAAAAUACAUUUAGUUCACCUUUUUUAAAGAUGUUACACAGUGUCGUUAAUACAGGUCUGUAGAAGAGUCUUGGGCUAAAACAUCGACUGUUUAUUAAUUUCCAAAAGAUGCUGCCUGACCUGCUGAGUUCCUCCAGCAUUUUGUGUUUGGAGCAUCUAAUAAGGUUUACAGUGAACAUUGGUUGAGUUCCUCCAGUGUUUUUGUGUGGCGUUUAGUAAGGUUUAGAGUGAACAUUGGUAAGUUUAGAUAGAGCAUGCAGAACAGGGCCAAGUGAGUUAAAAGGAAAGUGGGAACAGGAUCCAAGUGAGUUUAUAGGGAGUGUGGGAAAUGGGGCUCCUGCGAGUUUAUUUAUCAGAGUGAGAAUCAGAAUCACAUUUAUUCUAAUUGGCAUACUGUAUGUUGUGAAAUUUGUUGUUUUGCAGCAACAGUACAGUGUAAGACAUCAAAUUACAAUAAGUUACAAAAAUCAGCACUGCAAAAGUGAGAUAGUGUUCAGGGGUUCAUGGGCUGUUUGGAAACCUGAUGAUACAUCCUAAUUAGUUGUAUGUAGGUCUUCUGAUUCUUGUACCUCCUUGCUGAUGGUAGUAACGUAAAGAGGGCAUGGCUCAGAACAUCUUCAAGGAGCGGUGCCUUCAAAAAGGGUCCUCUGCAUCUUCUCCAUUGUGUAAUUAUACCCUUCCUAUAGUCCAGUGACCAGAACUACACAUGAUACUCCAAGUGUGAUCUAACCAGUGGUUUGCAAAGUAACAACAUAAUAUCACAAUUCGGACAGCAUGACAGAGGCUAUAUUUCGUUUGGAGUUUGAGGAGAUUUGGUAGGUCAUCAAAGACACUCACAAAUUUCUACCGCGGACUGCAUUCUAACUGGCUGCAUCACCGUCUGGUAUGGGGGGUGGGGGAGAGUGUGGACAAUGCAUAGGAUCGAAGCAAGCUGCAGAGGCUUGUAAACUUAGUCAUGGGCACUAGCCCUUGCAGUAUCCAGGACAUCUCCAAGGAGAAAUGUCUCAAAAAGCUGGCAUCCAUCAGUAAGAACCCCCAUCACCCAGGACAUGCCCUCUUCUCAUUGCUACCAUCAGGGAGGAGGUACAGGAGCCUGAAGGACAAACUCAGCGAUUCAGGAACUGCUUCUUCCCCUCUGCCAUCUGCUUUCAGAUUUCUGAAUGAACAUUGAACACCUGAACACUACCUCACUACAUUUUUUUUGCAUGACUUACUUAAUUUAACUAUUAUAUACUUGAACCAUAAUUUAUAAUUUUUAUUAUUAAGUAUUGCAAUGUACUGCGGCUAAAAAAGCCAACAAGUGUUAUAACAUAUGCCAGCGAUAUUAACCCUGAUCCUGAUUCAGAUGGACGCCGCCUUCUUGAGGCACUGCCUCCUGACGACAUCGUGGAUAACAGGGAAUGUGGUGCCCGUGAUGGAACUGGCUGAUCCUACAGCCCUCUGCAAACUCCUGUAAUCUGUGCAUUGGAGCCACCUUACCAGGCUGUGAUGCAGCUAGUCUGAAGCAUCUCCACCAUGGAUCGGGAGAAAUUUGUGAGAGUCUUUUGUGAGUCUAAAUCCCCUCAUACUCCCAAUGAAGUAAGGCACUGGUAUGUCUUGGUCAUGAUUGAAUAAGGAUAGACCUUCUGAGAUGUCAACACCCAAAAAUUUAAAGCUGCUCAUUCUUUCCUCCAGUGACCCCCCCCCCUCACAGUGAGGAUUCAGUCAUAGAAAAGUACAGCACA